AUGCCGGCCGCUGCCGCAAGCGCCGCUCCCGCCACGCCCAUGUCGGCGCCGCAGCUGCAGCGUGCCCUUGCCGAGGCGCAGGACGAGCUACUCGCCGGCUCAGGCGCCGCCGCGCUGCGCCCCGCACGCAACGCCGACGCCACGACCGGCACGCUCGCCGCCGUCACGCGUGCCGGCAGCCGCCUGGAGCGCAUCGUCGACGCCGCACCGGCCGUAGGCAGUGCUGCGCCGUCGCCCUUGCCGCGCGUCCCCAAGAGCGGCGCCCUGCCUGACGACGACGACGAGCACGACGCUCUGCCGGCGUCGCGGCUGCGUCUGGCGCCCUCGGUGCUGCGCACAGCCGCGCCGCAUGCCCGGCAUCGCGCCUCAUCGGCCGCCUCCUCUGCGUCAGGCUCGUCGACGCCGUCCUCGCCGCGCUCGCCGCUCUCGCCUGGCCUCGCAUCGCCGCCGCCGCAGUGGGCCACGGCGCUGUCGUGGUCGCCGCCGCGCGGGCCCUCGCCGGCACCGGGAGCGCCGUCGGACGCAUCGCCGCGCGAGCUGCCGGGCAUCGCCGCUGCGCGUGCCCUGCUGGGUGAAGCACCCGCCCGGCCGCGCUGGCGGCCCACCGCCGCCUUGCUGGCGUGUGCAGAGCGCGGCACCACUGCGCACGGCGAAGCAUCGUUGCCAGGCACAGCCAGGCUAGACACGCACGGCACCGCGUCGCGCUCCGCCACGCCGUCGUUCUUCCUCCAGUCGUUCCCCGACAAUGAAGACUGCCAUGCGGAGGCGACGCACCAUGCGCUGCCGCUCUUCUUCGACUCUAGCGCCGAGCCGUCGCCCUCGCUGUCCGCCGGUCUGCUCUCGUCCAGCCCGGCUUCGUCUACGCAGCGCCGCAGCGCGCUGGCAUCGCCGCGGCUGCCCACGACGGCAAGCGCGAGCCCUGCCCUGCUCAGCAAGUCCACUGCACCAAGUGCACUGUCUUCCACAUCGGCAACAGUCAGGCUGCACGGCAACGCGCGCAGUGCGCGGGAGUACGGCGAUGUAGGCCCUGCCGACGAGAUUGAAGAUAGCUUCACACGUGCGCGCUCUGCGCGACGCGACGACGGGAGCUCCGACGAGUCGCUUGCAGAGCUUGCGCCCGAGAUUGCUGCGCGUCCCCGCCUGAGGCGGUCUGCGUCUGGCUCCUCGAACCGCUCGUGGCAGUCGGGCACCUCGGUUGGGAGCGCCGAAGUCCAGUCACCCUCGCGCUCGUCGGCGUCUGAGCGACAAGCACCAGCAGAAGCCAGCAUCUCGCCGGCGCCCAACGGGCAGACGCACGGCCGCUUCGCUCGGGACGUGCACUGCAUCGGCUGGGUGGAGAUCGGAGGCAAGGCAAAGGGCCACGUCGAGUACGAGAUACGGGUGCUCACAAAGGAACAACGGUGA